AUAAAAAGGAGCGCAACACACCUCGGCAAAGUGGCUGUCCACGGAAAUUUUCGAUCAGGCAACAGCCGAAAGAAAAAGCGCGAGUCGGAAUUGACAGAUUUUGAUACUUUUGAACAAAGUUCAAACAUCAACAAAAUGAGGCUACCGCUUUUCAUUCUUUGUUUGGCUGUGGCGUAUGGAACCUGCUUGUCACAUGGUGACGUGACUGAAAUACAAAAUGGAGACUAUAAAGUGAAUUUGUCCGAUGUGCCUUUUGAAAGAUUUCAUUCGAGGCACAAAAGAAGUUUAUUAUCACCAGUUACAGCGCCGCUAGACAUGAUAUUACGUUUAUGUGGAGUAAAUGAGGGUGCUAUAACUACAAGUGUAAACCUCCUGAAAUUCGUAACCAACGCAUUGAUGGGACAAGAUGUGUGCCCUAAAACAGAAGGAGUAUCUCUUCUCGGAUUGAUCCCACAGAUGAUGUGUCAUCCGGUCCAAACGACCGAAGCCUUAACAUGCCACUUCUUGCAAACAGUUGGGAAUGGAGGCCGUGCAUUAACGUCGAAAGCAUUUGACCUAUCUGUACAAAUAUUUAGAAAUAUAUUCCUACCAGGAUUACAUACAACGCUGAAUGCACUAAAAGGCACACACUUGUUACCCCCACAAAUCAAUGCUGCAAUCGACAUAUUCAAUUUAAUUUAUAAAUUUUUACAAAUAAUGGGAUAUGUCCCGAAUUAAAAUUUGAUUUCCCGUUUUUUAAACGUAAAAAAAGCUGAAAAAUUACUAUACACAAAGAGUUCAAAUAAUUUAAAAAAAUUUUACUACUGUAUAUCUAUUUAUGCAAUUCAUAUUUUGUUAUAUGUUCAAUUAUGAAUAAUAUUACAACAAAUUAUGUAUCCUUUUCAUAAAUCCUAAACGCUAAGAAAAAUAAUAAGUAACAAGAAUAAUCAAUAAAAUAAUUG